AUGCCCGGUAUCGCCAACAUCAGGACGCUCCUUCGACCAGACGUUGCACAACUGGACGACGUGUCGGUAUGGCUUCAAUCUGCUGGUCUGGAUGCCAAGGUGAUACGGAGCAACACUUUCCAAGUUUCGACAACCAUCGGCGAAGCAGAAUCGCUGCUCAACGCCACUUAUCAUAUCUAUACCAAUGGAGAGCGAAGUACGGUAUGGACGACGUCCUACACUCUCCCUGAGCCACUUAAUAAGCACAUUGAAUUUGUGACGCCUAUCACUGCCUUUCCAUUCGUACGCAAUUUCCCGUUCAAAUCACCAGAAGCGCUCAAAGUCAGCAAUCUACAGCAGCGGGUAAACUGUGGCUCCUCGGACUACACCAGCCCGAAUUGUAUCCGUCAGGUCUAUAACAUCACAUAUACCGCUCAGCCGAAUCGGACGACUUUUGCCAUCUAUGCAACCGAGGCAGCAUCAUACCGGAAAGCUGACAUGGACAAGUUUCUACGGACGUACAAUCCACCUGCCGCCGCUGCCAAUCCUCAAAUCAGAGUGGUCGGCACAGGCGACCCAAAGGAUGGCAGUCCCGGCAUCACGGGAGCUUUCGAGACUCAUCUUGACACUCAGACAGCUUUUGGUCUUGCUUGGCCCGCUCAGGGAGUCCUGUACAAUCUGGGUGGCGUCUUUGGCCCAACUCCAGGACAAGUCUACGAUCCUUACGUCAGCUUUCUCCAAGACCUGUUAACCAACGAGACCGUGCCAAGUGUGGUCUCAUUCUCCGAAACCACGCCCAAUGAUAUGGUCGAUCCUGCAUAUGCACGGAGUGUUUGCAACAUGAUGCGCGAUAUUGGCAGUCGAGGUGUCUCUCUACUUUUCAGCUCGGGCGACAAUGGUCCACAAGGCGACCAGCCAACUGGAAAGCACUCUAUAGUGUUUGAGCCCGAGUUUCCCGCUAGUUGUCCAUGGGUGACGAGCGUGGAUGGCACGACCAACAUGGCCGCAGAGACGGCAGCGACGCAACAGACAAUCUCCGAUCUCAUCAACAAGUUCUCAUCCACGGCUUCUGGUGGCGGCUUCUCGAAUCUGUUUCCCAGACCCGCGUACCAAGAUGAAGCUGUAUCGGCGUAUGCCAAGAACUCAGUACCUUCCACCUACUCGCAGUACUCAGGUUUCAAGGCUUCGGGGAGAGGGAUGCCGGACAUCAGCGCGUUCAGCACCAACUUUCCGGUAGUCUACUUAGGUCUUACAUUUGGCGUCGGCGGCACAAGCGCUUCUACUCCAUUAUGCGCUGCCAUCGUUACGUUAUUGAACGACUACGAGGCAAGCCAGGGUCGUCCACCAUUAGGCUUCCCGAACCCUUGGCUGUAUGGUCUAAAUAAAAAUGGUCUUCACGACAUUACUGGUGGUGGCUUCAAUAAUGGUAGCUGUAACUGGCUGAGCGAGUGCAGACUUCCGGCCACUCCUGGUUACCCAGUAACAACCGGAUGGGAUGCAGUGACCGGUCUUGGCUCCCCAACAUUUGACCAGCUACGGCGAGCUCUUGAUAUGCAGGCGGCUGCCAGUGGACUGUCAUACUGGAUUAGGCUCUGGCUCUGGUUGAUGAGUUCAUCAUCGUCGAUCCGAGCAGCGUGGAUCCAUUCGGGCGACAUAGAGAGGGUGGACGUCCUACGAACUCUGCAGAUUCAUCGACAUAGACACUGCUCGAACGAUCAGAAAGACAUGAGGUAA